AUGGCCGAACCUCAACCGUCCUCUCAAAUCUCCACCCCAGACACCUGGCGCUCCAUCCUCAUCGGCGGCAGCAAAAAGAGCUGGGUCCUCUUCGAGCACGGCACCUGCGUGAUCCUCAUGAACCCGACAUCCGACGACCUCGCAACGCAGGCAACGGACAUUCUGAAAGAAUGGGGCCCCGUCCGCGCGGGUUCCUCGGCUGGCGAUUUCAAUGUCAUUAACCUUGAGGGCGAUCCGGACGGGUAUGUGGUUACGGGGCAUCAUAAUGAUGUGCUUAAUUAUGUUCCGGCUGAGGCGGUGGAGGAGGGCGCGCCGGAUAUGGUUGCGGGGUUGAUUGGGAGGGGCAAUCGGGAUGUUGAUGCGAGUGAAUUGAAGGUUGUUCAUAUUGAGGAUAAUUUGGGGUAG